AGUUGCGCAAACGGCGCGAGAUAGCAGGCUUUUCAGUUUAGACAAAACACAUAAAUUCCGGUCUCUGCAAUGAGGUAAUAAAAUUCCCAGUCAACUGAAUAUGACGGAGCAAACAAACAACGAGGACAACACUGUGCUCUCUCGCAUAAUGCUGUUCAACGAGCAUGUGAAGCAGCAUCAGCAGUGGCAGAGCAUCAAUCCUUUUUCGCACUGCAGUGUCAAGGAUAUGCCCAAGCGCAGCUUCCUCAAGGAUCAAUAUGGCACUGCGCCUCCGGGUAGUCUAUCUCAGCAACGUGCGCUGCAGGCUCAGAUGAUUUCACUGCAGGAAAUUCUACAACUCUGCCAGCUAAUCAACGAGAAAUGUAAAGCAAGAGACAGCUCGGAGAUUAGUCUGGAAUUCGGGGAGCUCUUCGAGCUCUACAAUCACAUCUCAGACAAGCUGUUGGGCACUUUGCUGUGUGCGCGCAGGCACAAGUACGUUGACUUUGAUGGCGAGACUUUGUUCCAGGGUCGCGACGAUGCCAAGCACGUGCGCCUGCUGCGUCCCUUUGCGGAGCUGAGCGCCGAGAUUGCGGACAAGAUUGAGAGCCUGCGACCUGUGGAGCAUCCGGAGUUGCGCGACAACAACGAAGCCACCUGAGGUCGCAUCUGAAGAGAAUGAGCUUCGCUGACCCAUGUCAUGAUGUGAAAUCACACUCACAGUGAAGUGGCACGUGCUCUCGCCCUCAUCCUAAGCCUUUUACAGUUAAUUCAAUUAACAAUUUCGGUUGCUUGAAGAGCGCGUGCAGCACAAGAGACUUUCGCUUGUCGUCUUGACAGCUCUUGAGAGCCAAGAGAACAGCUUCAGACACCGUCUCUCCAUAUGGCAGUGCAAACACCUGGCUGUCAGAGUGACAAACCGAAAAAAGGAUAUCACAUUCUGCUGGCAAUAUAUAUUCCUAUGCUAAUAAAUAACUUUCA